AUGAGAUGCGAGCCGUUUAUAUACCGUGGGCAGAAGGGCAACCAGAACAAUUUUUUGAGCCAAGAGGAAUGUUCUGAAAGAUGCAUAAGUAAGAAAUCAUCUUUGUUUUAGUACAUCAGGAAAGGUACCCAUUUCUGUAAUGUUUCUGAUUUAAGAUGUUAUCCUAACGAAGUGACGUAAAUUCCAUCGGCAAAAACAUGUUUCAGAUAGCGGCACGCACAUUGUUUCAGCGCCGCAUGAGCCUCAAAGAUUCGAGAAUCCGUGCAGUACCGGGUUCCCGCUAGUGUCUGCACAAAACGAAAUUCUUCAAUGCAUGGAGUCUCGGCCAUGUCCGCCGGGGUACUUUUGUCAUGUCGGUUCCAACGAUAUUGAAACUGUUUGUUGUCCGGCGUCUGGUAGUGUGCUUAACUUUUUUGUGACCUACGUAACAGUUUGUCGUGUCGAUUUUCUGACCAAGUAAAAGAAAUGCAAACAAACCCGUUUUUAGGUUCGGAUCCGUGUGGCCAACCGCUAGACUCCGGUACCGGAGGCGCAAGACUUCAAAGAUGGUUCUGGAAUGCCCAAGCUGGAUGCUGUCAACCGUUUAAUUAUUGUGGACUGCGAGGAACUCAAAACAACUUCCUAACGCGAGAAGACUGCGAACAAACUUGUAUGGGUAAGCGGGCGUUGAAGUUAUUCGCAAAAAAAUUUUGGGAAAUUACAAAUUCUUUUACUCGUUUGACGUUUGACUAAUCAGUGACGCAAACCCGGCACUAACCGGUAACAUUCCUAACAUUUAUCUAAUCUUGCAUCAGGCGAUACCUUGAGGGAUAAGGGGGGCGUUUUGCGACGGUGGUUUAUACGAUCAAUUUUCUGAUUGCCAUGAAAUUUAGAAUUCGAAAACCCGUGCAUUGGACAACCAGAAAUGCUAGGUUUAAACAAACCAAAACUUUGCGGCAUGUUCAACGCCUGUUCUCCUAGUUAUUGGUGCCAUCUGGGUGCAAGACCACAGACUACCGUGUGUUGUCCCAACAGGGUACCGGCGGAGGAAGUCUGUCGGUUACCGGUUGCUUGCGGACGGGGUAAUGAAAACUUGCGACGAUGGUAUUAUGAUACUAGACGGGGAUGCUGCGUUAUGUUUACGUAUUAUGGGAAAUACGGAAAUCAAAACAAUUUCCUGACCCUACAAGAUUGCCAGAAAGCUUGUGUCGGUAAGAACGCUACGAGUGCCUUUUAUGAGCGGUGCUGGUCCUCUUCUUAUGGGUGAAAAUUUUGGCCUUUGUGUACUGAUAACGCAGAUGGCCUGGGCUGAUUGAAUCUGGAUGGGCUGAUUGAACAGGGUUGCUGAGUCGGUUUAUUUAGGCAAUGUCAAAGCGUACACUAAUGCCACUAACCAUGAACUAACCCCGUCCUCAUCCGCUAUACGAUUCAUAUACCAUAACCAUUGUCCGGAUCACGAGCCCUUGCUUGAAAAGCUGAUAACCGAAAACGGAACUACCCUGGCGAUUAGACCAAUACAAUGCACAUUUGAAAAAGAGGAAGAGGUCUGUGGAGAACAUUAUUGGUGUUUUUUGGGAGUGACAGCAGACGAAAAUAUGUGUUGCCCAGGUGGAUCGAGACGCGAAACAGCUUGUGCCGGCAAGGCCGUCCUGGACGACGGAACGUCAUACGGUGAUGCAAAGGUGACAUUGCGAUGGACGUACGACAUCAAAACGAACGAAUGUUUUGCUUUUCGCUUUAAGGGCUCAAAAGGAAACCAAAAUAAUUUUUUAACCAAAGAAGAGUGUGUAACUAUGUGCCGAGGUGUGAUUUACUAAUACUCUAAUUAUCAAUACUUGGAGGUGGUUUUAAAAUUUAGUCAUCUCUUUUAUUACAGUUAUUAAUCCAUGCAAAUUGCCGGUACCGCUGCCAUUAGAACAAUGCGUCCCAGGGCCAAACGCAUGCGCUGCGCGUCCGAAUAUGUACUGCCAUGUCGGCGCUGUGCCGCAAACUACGGUGUGUUGUCCAGCUGAAACGCCCAACCCUUGCGAGCUUCCGGUAGACCCUGGAGCCGGCCGAGAUCGUUUAGAACGGUGGUUCUACAACGCGCAGACAUCAAUCUGCCAGCCAUUUACAUACAAUGGUAUCAAAGGAAACCAGAAUAACUUUUUAUCGCAACAAGAUUGUGAAGAGUUGUGUGUUCCGAACCCUUGCGCCGAAGGUCGGCCAUUUGUAGGAGCUGACGGUCGGCCUCAGACAUGCUCUCCGUCUGCUAGCAUGAACACGUGUCCUGCAAAUCACUGGUGUCACGUGGGAGCGACACAGUUGACAACAGUCUGCUGCCCAGCAGGUAUGUUUGUAAUCGUAACUAUACAAGAACAAUUUAGCACGCCCAAAUCCCUGCACUCUUCCAAUGUCAACCGGUGAGGGAGACGCAUCGCUAGAACGCUUUUACUUCGACCAGUCAACGAAAACAUGCAAGCCAUUCGAAUAUCGUGGCUUAAAAGGGAAUCAGAACAACUUCCUUUCGCAACGGGCAUGUCAACUUGCUUGCCAACCGUUGGACAACCCAUGUAUUGGCCAGCCGGCCACCACUCCUACCGGCCAAGUUCUUUUUUGCUCGUCGACAAAUAAAGACACGUGUCCCGUCAACUUUUGGUGCCAUUUGGGCGCUACGCCUGAAACCACCGUCUGUUGCCCAGGUGGUAAGUCGCAAGUGAGUAACAUUAACAAGUAAAAUUAGCCACCAACCCCUGUUCGGUCCCUCUCGCGCCUGGUACCGGAAACAGUGGUCUGUCUCGGUGGUAUUACAAUACGGACGAACGACAGUGCGUACCAUUCCAGUAUAAUGGCAAACGAGGAAAUCAAAACAAUUUCUUGAGUCAAAACGAAUGUGAAAGGACUUGCCCGGAGCAACUCUGCUUGCUUUCCAUUGACAAAGGUGCAUGUUCGGGCCGACAAACGCGAUUUGCAUUCAACAGACAAACAGUAAGUUAUGCAUCAUAAUUUAAUCAAAUGCAAUCGACGUGGGCUAAAUUUCUUAAUUUCAGAGCCAGUGCGUCCCGUUUGAGUAUACCGGCUGUGGUGGAAAUCUGAACAACUUCUUGACAAUGGAAGAUUGCGUUGCCACAUGUGGUAAUGUCGGCUUUUAG